AUGACAUCCUAUUCAUCCUUGAGCGCUUCAACCUCCGCAAUUUUGAAUCAAGGGCACUUCUCGUCAUUCAGUAUACCACAACCUCCAAGGACAACAGUAUCAUAUCAGCCCCCCAUCUUCGCAUCAUCUUCAUCAUCUUCAAACCCAACAAACGGUCUACGAGCUUUCAAGGCUCCAGCUCAUAAACAUGCACAUCAUCUACACUCUAUCCCUCCUAGGGAGAAAUCUACCCGAACUCUCAUAAUAGAUCAUAUGUUAUGGGUUCAUGGCCGAACCCGAUUUAUCCAGGCCCGCGCUGAGCUCGGAAUGACCGACCGAACAGGAGGCCCUUCUUCGCCUAAUUAUCGUUACCGUGAACGCCCGGAGUCAUACGAGGAAGAAGAUGAAGUGUCAAGUGACGGUGAAAAUGGUGAAAUGCUCAAAGCCAGAGAGGGUGGUCCAAAUCAUCCUCAUAACGAGGAUGAGGACAAUCGUCGACAGAGACAGGACUUGACCCUGGCAAGGACUCUAAGACUCCGUGCCAUUGGUCUCGAGAAGGUCGUCACAUCAAUGCUCGACCAGCCUCCCCCUGUGCACCCAAUCCUCGAUGACGAUCUCCAUACACCACCUACAUCCCCACAGCGUCCAGGAUCACAACAGUCACCUCAUCGUGCAACAUCCAACCACCCGCACACUCUUCCGAAUGGUGUUCGUUUACGGUUAGCGUUGGGGACUGUCAUCAAUGAUUUAUUUGCGCGUCAAGCCCCUCCCCCUGCAUACCGACAUCAUCACCAUCCUCCACCAAUCAUUGUUUCCAAUAAUUCAGACCAAGCGUCUUCAAAUGGUCGAAGUCCAGGAAACUCUCCUGCAAUGCAGAAGGCCUCACCAGUAUCUGGGACGGGCAGUAGCACGUCCUCUGCACAAGGAACUACUGGCAGCCUUCCCCCAUCAGUCGUCUUGCUUUCGCAGGUAUCAGCUGCAGCACUUUCUCAGACAUCUCUUAUUCCCAUGGGUGACUUUCGUGCACCUUCUUCUCCAAUGCAGGCACCACAAAUGAUGCAGUCUCGUAACCGAAGGUCAAAGUUCAUGCCUAGUAGCCGUGUAUGCACUAUGUACAUGCAGGGCGCCGAUCCCUCCACCGCCAAUUCACCCCCUGGCUUGCGGUGCCCACGACAUCUUCAUACUGGAUGCGACAUAUGCGUUGAAGCCAAACAUUCUGUCAAAGCACCGGGCGGAUCUGGCCGAGCACGCCCACCACCUACUGCAAUGGGCACCAGAAGCUUUGGAGAUUGGGAAGGGGGACUAGUUGGCUCGGGUGGAAGUAUGGGUGGUAGUGGAGGUGGUAUUGCUGGUUGGCAAGAUGGUCCCGGUGUUGGAUCGGGCUUGGCUCAGCCGGGUGUGGAUGGCAGCGUAUUGCGCCGGAAGGCGAAGUGGUUCAUGACUGAUUCUGAAGAGGAACAGUCGGGUGCUGGCGCUGGGAACACUCGGCUGUCAGAGCUUAUUCCGCGCUUUUUAAGGCUUUCUGCCCUUGUCGCAACGGAGCUUGGAGAAGAGCUUGGCGAUGAUGAGUAUGAAGGCGACUGGCAACGGGGUUCCGAAAUGUCCGCUCAAUAUCCGACUUCGCCUCGGCCCUCAUCCCGAAGAUCUCAAACCACCGAGUCGCCCUCUGCACCUCCUUUACGGCCUUCGCGAGAAUGGUAUAUGCUUCUCGCGGGCUUACUUUCCCGUGCCACUCUAGAAGGUUAUCUUACUGGAGGGUGGUGGGGUCUGGAGGCUGUUGAAUGCCUUCUAUCAGUUGGCUUGGGCAUCACUGACGAUGGGUUGGGUCAAGUCGAUUCAUCGGACGACGCAGACUCUGCAUUCGCAUGGUUUGAACCAGACGAUUUACCUAGUCUCAAAGAAGCGACAAGAAUCAUGUUUCCGGCAUUGCGAGCUGCCCGAAACGGGACGCCCAUUCGAAGAGAGGGCGCCGAAGCUGAAUUUGAAGCUGAAAUGGAUGAGCGCCUCAGAAGGUUCUAUACGAUACCGUCUUUGACGCCGGAUCUAUCUACCCACAUGGAGGAUCUGGCGUGGCAUUACCCUGCUGAGCCUGUUGAAAGGGCAGCCCUGCGCUUCUGUGAAGCAAUUGCAAAGUGGCGUGGCAAACCUGAACUCGAAACCUACAAAAAGAAACCACCAAAAGAUGUAGGAGCAUCUAGUAUGACCAUCGAAACUCUCGUACAUUCCAAUCCAACGAGUCCCACGAUAGGACCGUACUCGAUUCAGCCAUCGAGAUCUCAAAGGCCUACUAUUGAAAAAUAUUUCAUUGUACCGCCCUCGUACAUAGGAAGGGGCAAGCGCAGGAGAUCGCUCGGUGAAGCCGAAUCAUCAAACAAGAGGGUCCAUGGGUGA